CCACUGUUCGAGAGUAGUCAUACAGGAAGGCAGAGAAUUGGUCACGGAGGAAGCGUAGAGAUUACUUUCCGAUAUGAAUACGCGACGAUAUACGGGCAAAUCAAAAAGAAUACGGAGAUGAUGUUGUAGUAAAUGAUACGGUUCUUUAACCGCGGUUGUUUCUCUAUAUGUGGCAAAUAUAACUUAAUUUUCAAGAUAAAAAUGUAUAGGAAAGAAAUUAUUUUACGGUACAACGAAUUAAGAAAAUAAAUAAAGUAAAUAUCGAUCUAGUGUAUAUUGUGCAACAAGCAUGCAUUGCUCAUUUAAUUCGUUUUAAUUCCAUUCAAUUCGUUUUGAAUUGGUGAACUUAAAAGGUGCAGUUUCAAAGUGCAUCGAUUCAAUGUCAACAUAACCGUAAAAUAAGGGAAUCGAUUGUCGUGUUUUUUGGACAUUUUUGGAGUAUAAUAUAUAUAUAUAUAUAUAUCUUAAGAAUGUACUGCUUUGGUAAUAUUAGUCCUCCGAGCAUCGAAUGAAAUACAAAAGAACGUAUGAUAAAGUAUUCGUUUCGAAAUACAUUCCUAUUUUUUUGUUCUUUUUCUUUUUCUGGCAAAUGAUAACUGUUUGCCAGAGCGAAUGAUUUUAUUUUAUUUUCUGCUUAAAACAUUUUUUUAAGAUGCGAGUGGAAAGUUCGUUAAUUCAAUUAGUCAUUAUAUUUUUAUACAUUUUAAAAACAAAGGCAGAAGGCAUUAUGUGCUACCGUUGUGUAGCAAUAUUUUCAGGAUAUGAUGCAUCGGAACAACUUUGUUCCCAAUUCAAUGGAAAUAAAACAUUUCAAGUUUCUUGUCCUACGUCAACAUUUUGUGUAAAAAAAACUAUCUAUUAUAAAUCACAAACAUCUAUGGUUAAAACAGUUCAAAGAGACUGUGCCACUCAAAGGUACUUAUCUAAAUCUUACGAUUAUGAAAAACGUGAAUGGUACGAUACGGAGGAAGUAAUAAAAACGGUUUACAAAGAGGGCUGUGCCAAUGGCGAGGACAGAGGAGCAACUGGUAGACCACCCGAAUAUUGCUACUGCAAUUCUGAUUUUUGUAAUUUUUCUCCCUCAAAUAAGAUAGUAAAUCCGACUAUUGUCUCUCUAUCGGCGCUAUUUUUAUUAUUUGUUAAAUUCUUACAUGUUUAACAGAAAUGGUAAUUGAAUUUUAUAAUGGAAAUAUUUUAAUGCAAAUAUUUUAAUGCAUAUAGCGGUAUAGCAUCAAUAUUUAGACAUUGUUACGCGUAAAGUGUAAUUUCAGAGAAAAAUAUCUAUAUUUUACGAGAUAUUCAAUGGAUUUUUUUAUCAUGCAACAGUAUUCAAUGCAAAUGAGUGCGCUUACAUUCAAGAAUGUACUUCUGAUAUUGUAUUUAUACAAAUUUACAUAAAAAUAGAUAUUAAUACUUUUGUGAUAUCAUUGUGUUAAGGAAAUAUUUAAAUACGUUGAAGAGAAUCAAAAUCUCAUAUAUAUCACGUUGAACAACAAUUUAACAAUAACGAAAAGAAUUUUAUCUCUAUUAAGGAUACUGUUUUAUUUACAAUUUGCAUAUUAUUUAAUAUACUUCGCGAAUAAUUUAAUUUAUCCUUUAAAUAUUAACCCGAUAGAUAUAUUUUUAACACUCACCCACUUUAUCAUAGCAUAUAUUUCCUAAUUUGCUAUACGGUUAAGCAUAUUAAUUUUCUUAUAACGAAUGAGUGGAAAGUAAUUAAAUAAAAAAAAAUGUUCCUUA